GAUCGGUUGAUGUUGUGGAGCUGCAGUUGUAGCAGGAUGUGGCUGUUUACAUUAAACGCUUUGCCCUAUUUUUUGCUUUUAUUGGGGAAAAGAAAUGUCUUUGCCCUCCAAGAUGUAACCGCGGAGCUUUUUGGGAGCGCUAAGUAUGGGAAGGUGGCGGCGUUUGGCGACUUUAACUCGGAUAAACAGACUGACAUCUUCAUCAUCAGAGACCAGUCUGAACUGGUGAUUUUCUUGGCUGACUCCACAUCUCCUUACUUCAAACCCAAAGUUAACAUCUCCAAGGAUGUUUUCCCAAAGAAUGCUGUUAUAACCGGCGUUGUCCCUGGAGAUUACGAUGGAGACUCUCAGAUGGAUGUCCUUCUAACCACUCAAAUCAAUCCUACAGAAACAUCUGUUUUUGUCUUCUGGGGAAACAAUCACACAUUAGACACUGCUGGCUUCCUGGCCAUGAAUAUUACCAUGAAAGAUCAGCCUCUCGUUAUGGAUUUCAACGGGGACAUGAUUCCGGAUGUUUUUGGGGUGACUAACCCACCCAAAACUGAAAUCUGUUACCUCAGCGACAGGAUUCAAAAGUGUCACGAAGCUCUUACAUCAUCAGUCACAAUGCGAACGCCUCACUCUAAUGCCUUCAUUGACCUCAACAACGACUUCACUGCUGAUUUGUUCCUGACAACUGAAGGGGACACCUUUGAGAUCUGGCUCAAUAAGGAUGGUGCCUUCACUAAGCAGGAGGUUGUGUCUAAACCAGCUGCAAAGACCAUCGGCCAGUCCUCGUUCGUUGACUUUGAUGGUGAUGGCUAUCAGGACCACCUUCUCCCUGCAUGUUUAGAUGAUGCCUGUCAGCAGAGUAUCAUCUACGCUGCCAAGCGGACUUCCAAAGAGUGGGUCCCGGUGCUGGCAGACUUCAAACAGAGGGACACAUUUUGGGGCUUUGUACCAGGAACCCCCAGCCAACCUCUGGUCCUGCAUCUCGGAGACUACAACCUGGACGGCUUUCCUGACGCACUUGUGAUCCUCCGCAACACCAGCAACAGUGAUCAGCGGGCCUUCCUGUUGGAGAACGUUAUCUGUAAUGUCCCCGACUGUGCUGGUGUUGGACGGAUGUUUCGGAUCCACUGGGACCAAACGGACCUGGGAGCGAUCCAGAAGGCCGUCAUGGCUACUUUCUUUGACAUCUAUGAGGAUGGAAUAUUAGACAUGAUCGUCCUGAGCCAGACAGAGGAGAAAAAAGACUUAAUGAUCCACGCAUUGAAGAACAAUUUUGAAGCUGAUGCCUAUUUUGUUAAAGUGAUGGUGCUCAGCGGCCUCUGCUCUAAUUCCUGUCCUGAGGAUGUGAAGCCUUUCGGUGUGAAUCAGCCAGGCCCUUAUGUCAUGUACACCACAGUGGACUCUAAUGGCUACUUGAAAAAUGCCUCAGCGGGCCAGUUAAGCCAAUCAGCACAUUUCUCCCUGCAGCUGCCCUACACUGUGCUGGGCCUUGGACGAAGCGCCAACUUCCUGGAUCACCUCUUUGUUGGCAUUCCCAGGCAGCCUGGAGAAACGGAGAUGAGGAAACAGGAGUGGACGGCCAUCAUUCCCAACUCUCAGCUCAUAGUUAUUCCGUACCCACACAAUAAUCCCCGCAGCUGGAGCGCUAAGUUGUACCUUACUCCGAGCAACAGCGUGCUGCUGACGGCCAUCGCGCUGAUCGGAGUGUGCGUCUUCAUCCUCGUGAUUAUCGGCAUCCUCCACUGGAAAGAGAAGAAAGCGGACGACAGAGAGAAGAGGCAGGAAGCCCAUCGCUUCCAUUUUGACGCCAUGUGAAGGAGGAGCGCUGCAUGACGGAGGAGCCUCCUUUCCUCCUCCGCUCCGUCGGCCACAAUUUCAAACAUCCACUCAUUUUGACCCAGACUCAUUCCUGGGGCCUGUAAUUCCACACUUAUGUUCCCUAAAGAGUUUCUGUUUUUAUCCUUUUCAGUCAAUGAGCAAAGUGUGAAAUAUUUAUGUUGCAUUUGAUUUAUUCAUUCCAGUGUUCGAAGCAUGGGGGGGGGGCAUCCUUCUAGGGAUUACAGUGAAGAUUUAAGCAGCGAUUUAUCACGACUGACUCUGUUUCGCUCUGAGAUUUAAAUGCCAGCCAUGCAACCUGCUUCUACCUGUUUGUUGGGGAAAAUGUUUACUAAAGCGAAGCAUCUUCUGGGUCAAAUGUUAAAAAGGGUGUAAUAUUAACUGCUACUGCUUUUCAUCUUUGUAUAUUUUAUUCACAUCAGGCUUCUUCUGAGAAUCUAAACUGAUCUGAAUGGCCUGAUAUUGCUUUGACCAGGAGCUGCAGAAGAACCGGCUCUGUUCUGUGUGUUAAAGCUUCCAGCCUCACCUAACCUGAUGGAACAGCUUCCCAGUCUGCUGGGCGCAAAUUCAUCUUUUUCCCCAGUUGAUUGUGUCGCAGCUUAUUGUGAAAAUGCAUAAAAACGACGGGGGUAUCCUGCAGAGAUGUAACAGUCGUGCAUCCAGGCUGAGGGAAUAGUCUAGAAACUGUUAAUCCUGCUGAGUGAAACAAACGUUUCUCAGGAAAUAGUUUUUUGUUUUGUCGUUUUAAAGCUUAAUUGAUCUGUUAUUUAUUUUAAAGGAUGAUCUUUUGUCCACUAAGUUGUUUGCACUUUUAAACUAAUUGGGUGUAUCUACUGUAAGUGAUUUUUUGUAUUGUGGAUUCAGCUUGCAAAUGAAUGUUUAUGCAUCUAACUGUGUUUAACUCACUGUGGCUGAGAAUAAAGGUUUCUG